GAGAAAGACACUGACUGGGCUGUGUGAGCCACAUCUGGAAUAGUAGCUACAAAGAAAGAGUCGAGAGAAGCAGAAGAACCUCGGCGGUACUUUCCCAGCUCUUCAGUUUAGCACUCCCUUUUCACGGAAACUUCCUGCUUUGCCUUUUUAUCUACUUGGAAAAUGUUGCUCAUCCUGCUUGGCGUGAUUAUUUUGCACUUAGUGAUACUCAUUCUUCUCAUUGUGUCAACAGCCGCCAGUGCCUGGACUGUAGGUGAGGGUAGUAGCAGAGAUCUAUGGUACGACUGCACGACAACUAAUGGAGACUACCGCUGCAGGGCAGCCAGCAAUGAAGACUGGAUCCAGGCUGUACAAGCCCUGAUGAUCCUGUCCUUGCUCUUCUGCUUCUUCUCCCUCAUUGCAUUUCUGUAUCAGCUCUUCAGACUUGUCAAGGGUGGACGCUUCUUCUUCACCGCAAUCUUCCAGGUCUUGGCAAGUUUGUUUGUGAUGUGUGCUGCGAUCAUCUACACUGUGAUGAGUCCAGAUGGCACACAGUUCGGCUAUGCCUACGUGCUGGCCUGGGUAGCUUUCCCUCUCUGUCUCAUCAGUGGCCUCAUUUAUAUCAUCCUGAGGAAAAAAGAAUGAGGGGUAGUUAGGAGACCCCUUACGACAACAUCGCACUGUGCCUACUGCCCACAGACCAUAGACUGACAUCCCAACAAUACAAUAAAAGUUCAUGUGUCACUAACCAUUUUUAAACACAAAAAGGAGACAACCGCCAUAGCUGUCGAUCUUCUGUUGCUGUAUACCAGUAACCAUUAUGUUCCAUCCUGUAUUCACACCUCUUUGUGAAUUUUUACAAACACUGCACGUUACCUGUGUUGGUAGAGUGUUUUCAGAAUGUGCUUAGAAAUGUGUGGGUGACAUAUUGACUUUUGUUGCACACUAACACCUGACUUCCACAAAUCCAUCACGUGUGGUAACAGAUGAGUAACCCUGCCUUGCUUCAGUACAAACAUGUACAUAGUGUCUGUGGUUUUUAGACAUAUUUAUAACAUUUUACAUACAUUUUGUACAUAGUGUUGUCAAAUUAACAUUGUCAUUUCGUGAUAGAGUUUGUCUCUCACAAAUCAUGCAGCUGUGCCAAAGAGAUGUCGCUUUAACUGCCAGAUUGUUUUGUUUGUUUGUGUGUGUGUGUGUGUCACAUGCUUUGGACAAUGUGCCUUACCAAGAGUAUGUUUUUUUUUAUGAAGGAAAUAGGUAAAUCUUCAAAAAAAAUUUCAACAAAUAAAAUAACAGUACAAAGUGUUAAUGAACUCAUUAUUUUUUUUUCUGAAUUAUCGUACUUGAUACACUAAAUGAAAAUGUUUUGCAUUUUGUAAUCUAGUUUUGAAAAAUGGUGCUUUUUAUCUACUAUUCAUGAAAUGUAUAGCCUCCUUUGUGUUGUGAGUGUGUCAUCUCCUGUGAUCAAGUUGCUUUGUACAAACCCAAGUUUGCAUUUUUGUCAGUAUUCUUCUAAAUAAACAUUUUGAAAUUUGUUGUGCU